AUGGCCACCUACGCCACCCCGGCGGCUGCCGCCCCCGCGGGCGUCUCCUCCUCCCUGAGGGCGCGCGCGGGAUCUCCGCUCCGCUCCAAGCCGCUCGCCGCCCCCAAGCGAGGCGGCGGCGGCAAGCGCUCCACCCUCCGCGUCGCCGCUGUGUCCACCCCGGCCAAGCCCUCUGGCGGCACCCCCAAGCAGGACUUCGACUGGGACAACCUCGGGUUCGGUCUCGUGGAGACGUCCUUCAUGUACCGCACCGAGUGCGCCAUCGACGGCGAGUGGACCAAGGGUACGGUCGUCCCGUACGGUAACCUCUCCAUGCACCCCUCCGCCGCGGUGCUCAACUACGGCCAGGGCAUCUUCGAGGGCAUGAAGGCUUUUCGCACGGCGGGUAGCGACGACGUCGUCGUCUUUCGCCCGGAUCAAAAUGCGGCUCGCUUCGCCGAGGGCGCCGGUCGCAUGUCCAUGCCCCCGGUCCCCGCCGACGUCUUCAUCGACGCGGUCAAGAAGUGCGUGAGCGCCAACCGCGAGUGGGUGCCCCCCGAGGGCAAGGGAUCCCUCUACCUCCGCCCGCUCCUCAUCGGCUCCGGUCCCAUCCUGGGUCUCGGCCCCGCGCCCUCGUACACGUUCCUCAUCUACUGCUCGCCGGUGGCUUCCUACUUCAAGGGGGGCAAGAUGGCGCCCAUCGACCUGACCGUCGAGGAGACCUACCACAGGGCGGCGCCCGGCGGCACCGGCAGCACCAAGUGCAUCGGGAACUACUCCCCCGUCCUGAAGGUUCAGCUCGCGGCGAAAAAGGCGGGUUUCUCCGACGUCAUCUAUCUCGACGCCGUCGAGAACAAGUACAUCGAGGAGGUGUCCUCGUGCAACUUUUUCUGCGUCAAGGGCAAGACGAUCGCCACCCCCGCGCUGGGCGGCAGCAUCCUCCCCGGCAUCACCCGCAAGUCCAUCAUCGACAUCGCGAGGGCGAAGGGGUUCACGGUUGAGGAGCGGAACGUCUCCGUGGAGGAGGUGCUCGAGGCGGACGAGUGCUUCUGCUGCGGCACCGCGGUCGUCGUCGUGCCCGUCGGGUCCAUCACCGUCAAGGGCGAGAAGACGCAGUUCCAGGGGGGCAAGACCGGGCCCGUGGCGCAGGAGAUGUACGACGAGCUCACCGGCAUCCAGUCCGGCAAGGUGGAGGGGCCGGACGGAUGGCUGGAGGUUGUGCCGGAGGAGUACCACCUCUGAUUGUCGACGACGCGUGGAGGCGGUUUCUUUCGGUGGCUGGCUAAUUUUUGCGCGGGGGUGCGGAGGAUGUGGCCCCCGGGAUGUAAACGGAUCGUUAUUUUCGCAAUC